AUGGAACCCAACAUUACCAUAGUCAGCGGCGGAACCGCAACCAAUGAACUCGUCCUGUUAUUUCUGGCACUUACUCCUCGUGUGACCUAUGUGCUUCCGAUUCUGGAUAACGGAGGCUCGACUUCGGAGUUGAUUAGGGUUAUUGGAGGUCCAGCAAUUGGUGAUAUUCGUCUGAGACUCACUCGUUUGAUUCCCCAGCAUCAGGAUGCAUACAGGCAACUUUUCAGCUACCGAUUAUCUGACGAUCCCGAGGAUGCAAAACGUCAAUGGAACCAAAUAGUGGAAGGUUCACACCCAUUGUGGGCACCAAUUGAACCUGCAAGUAGAGAGAUCUUUCGGUCAUUUUUGGUGCAUGUACAUGUAGAGUUACUCAAGCGAUCUCGACACCAAUUCAUGCAACAUCCAAAUAAGAAACAGUUUCGAUACGAACUUGCAAAUGUGGGUAAUUUGUUUCUUACAGGCAUUCGUCUCUUUAUUGGUUCACUUGAUUCAGCAAUUGAAUUGUUCUCAAGACUCACCGGAAUUGAUCCUAGUAUAAAGGUUCUUCCUUGUGUUAACACAAAUUUCACCUACCACAUAAGUGCCCUUUUACAAAACGGGCUAAUAAUAACGGGCCAGUCUCAAAUCUCUCAUCCAUCAACAACAGAUCAUUCCAACUAUCCACCUCCUAUCCAUGUCAGUCGCCCUGCUACUCCCUUAGAUGAAUGUGCAGCCGAGUACUUUCACAAGUCUCAUGUUCAACCCCACAUUCCCGAGCCUGUAUCGGACGUUCUGUCGGAUGAAGAAGAGUCCGGUAAUGUACCGCAGUAUACUCAUCCCGAACUAAAGAAAUCUCAGCUUCAUUUCGAUAAGUCUGAGAAUAUCAAACCUCUACUCUCCCCCAUUGAGAGAAUUUUCUACAUCUCUCCAUACGGUGAAGAAAUAUGCCCAACGGCUCCAAAUCGAGUAACCUCGAAUAUGACGAGUGCAGAUGCCAUUAUAUACUCCAUUGGGUCUCUCAUGACCAGUAUAGUACCAGUCUUAAUCUUGAAAGGAGUCGGUAGGGCCAUCGCAGCCGCCAAGAACAAGAAGAAGAUAUUAUUGCUUAAUGGCUCCCAUGAUCGUGAAACUUUUGGAAUGUCAGCCACAGAUUUUGUGGAGACAAUUGUCAAGCUGGCAACGUACUCGUUGAAUGAAAAGAAUCCUAAAUCCCCAGAAUGGACAACUUUUGUUACCCACUUGGUAUAUCUCACAGACCUGGAAAUCGAGGUGGAUGUUGAAACUUUGAACAAUAAGGGAAUUGUCUGUGUGCCUGUUGAAAGACAAGAAGGCACCCAAUAUUACGACACACAUGAUCUCCAGCAAAAGUUGCUGGCGUUAAUAAAAUAG